GUUUUUGAAUAAAUUUUUGCCGUCCACUCGCCUGCACCAACCAUGUUGAGAUUUUCCGAAGAUGCAAGCUACGACGUGCACGCUGUACCGUCCAAUUACUAUUUAGGCACUGAUGUUCCCCAUGCACGCACAAGAGAGCAAGCUAGAAGUAAACCUACAGUUCCAUCACAAGCUCAGGUAGCAGCGACUCAUCGAAGGUAUUCCUACGAGGAGAAAGGAAAACCGCGCCAGUUCUUGUUGAAUGUCGAGGAGGCGCAGCGAGAGAUCUUGGCGCAAGAGGAUACAGAUAACGACUUUCAGAUCACGGUCAAUGACGAGGGACCAAAAGUAUUUACUCUGGGCACCGCCGAUUCAGGCGGAUACAAGAAAUUUGAAGUGCGGGGAACGUACAUGCUGUCCAACCUACUUCAAGAAUUGACGCUUGCGCAAGAAUUUGGCCGAAAAUAUAUUGUCCUGGACGAAGCGCGUCUCGACGAAAAUCCCGUCGAACGUCUGUCAAGGAUCAUCAGGGAUCUAUACUGGAAUAGUCUCACACGUCGAAUUGAUGCCGACAGCAUAAGCGUUCUGUGCGCGGAUCCAAAGAGCGAAGCCAUCAAUGGCCGUCCACGGGUAUAUGUUCCAUACAGCGAAGACGAGAUUUUCAGCUAUUACCAAAAGGCGCUGCAGAACAGGCCAGAUCUGAAUAUCGAUGUUGAACGUCUGCCAAAGGACCUCACACCAGAAUAUGUCAAGGAUAUCAAUACCAAACCAGGAAUUUUAUCAUUGAAAAUGCGCAAAAUCGAAAAACCAGAUGGUACCACCACCUUUCAAGGUGAGCCUUUUAUCGUGCCCGGUGGCCGCUUUAAUGAAAUGUAUGGAUGGGAUUCCUACUUUGAAGCUCUCGGGUUAUUGAUCGAUAACCAUGUGGACAUCGCCAAGAGUAUGGUGAACCAUUUUGCCUAUGAAAUCACCCAUUAUGGCAAAAUAUUGAACGCGAAUCGGUCAUACUACCUGCUGCGUUCGGAACCUCCGUUUUUGACCGACAUGGCACUUCGCGUCUACGAGCGUUUGGAUCCCAAUGAAAAGGAGGCCAACAAGGAAUGGCUGCGUUCCAUUUUCCAAGCUGCCAUCCAGGAAUAUGAGACGGUGUGGAUGGCUGAACCGCGUUUGGAUAAAAAGACGGGGCUAUCUCGGUACAGACCCGCCGGUCAAGGCAUUCCUCCGGAAACCGAACCCACUCAUUUCGAUCACGUCGUGAGUCGAUUUGCCAGAAAGUAUCGCAUUUCCAUUCCAGAAUUUAUUCGCUGUUACAAUGCUCAGCAAGUUUGCGAACCGGAGCUGGACGAAUAUUUCAUGCAUGAUCGCGCCGUGCGCGAAUCCGGUCAUGACACCACUUAUCGAUUCGACAACGUUUGCGCCAAUCUAGCUACCAUUGAUUUGAAUGCGCUGCUAUACAAAUAUGAGAUGGAUAUUGGCGACACCAUACGGGAUCAUCUCGACGACGAUCUGACGGAUUUUGCUGGAAAUAAGCAAUCCACCGACGUAUGGCUCGACAGGGCGAAGCAUCGACGCGAUUUCAUCAACAAGUAUUUAUGGAAUGAAGAAGAGAGCUUGUACUUUGAUUAUGACACGGUUCGAGAGCAACAGCAAACGUAUGAAAGCGCUACUGCAUUUUGGGCUCUUUGGGCAGGCUGUGCCAAUCCUGAACAAGCUCAAAAGAUGAUUGAACGGUCCCUAUUCAAACUCGAAGUGAAGGGAGGUCUGGUGUCUGGCACGGAAAAAUCCCGCGGCGCGACAUCGGUGGAGCGACCCAGUCGGCAAUGGGACUUUCCGUUUGGUUGGGCUCCCCAUCAAAUCCUCGCUUGGGUUGGAUUAGAACAAUACGAGUUGCCACACCUUUCUCGCCGCUUGGCCUACCGAUGGCUGUACACAAUUACAAAGAGUUUUGUGGAUUUUAACGGGGUAGUGCCAGAAAAAUUUGACGUUGUGAGCCUUUCACACAAAGUGAAAGUGGAGUACGGAAACGUUGGCACGGAUUUCAAGUGCGUGCCACGCGAAGGAUUUGGAUGGAUGAAUGCGUCUUACCAAAUAGGUUUAAGCUACCUCAACACGCAGAUGCGUCGCGCACUUGCUGCAUUAACCGAUCCCGACCUCCUAUUCCGCAAAGCAUUGGAGCGUGAAAACCGACAGCGUUCACCAAGCGAUCAGAAAGAAGCGCUCUUGCGUCGCAAUGCUUCUACCUUGGCAGUCAACGCUAUGCUCAAAGAUCGCUUACCCGAAGCCGCUGUGACCCACAUCGUAGCAGAAUCAUCCUCCCCUGGCUUCUUGUCACCACAGGUGGUGCAAUAAGAAUGACAUUUCCUUUUGGAAAAUGGUUGAUAUUUUUUUUAUUUUAUUUAUUCAACUGCAGACUGUACAAAAAAAAAAAAGAAAGUGUCAUGCAUGCUGCUUGGUUGAAAGGCAUGAUGGCGCAUGGUGGCGCGAUUGAUUCCUAUGCACAAGGAGCCAAGAUUUUCAAUCUCCUACACAUGAUGUCAUCGAUGAAAAACUUUUUUUCUCCGACAGUUUCUGUUGAGAAAAUCAAAACAAUCCCUAAUCUUCACUCCUUCA